AAUUUCACUCUUGCCGAGAUUAUGUACGUAUUUACAAACUUUGAAGUCACACCUGCAGUGUCGAAGAACCUGGUCAUCUGAUUUCGAUAGAUGGCGUCGAUUUUGGGAAGCCUGCGCGCAUGUGCAGCCUUACCCCGGAUUCGGUCUCACAGUAACACACAUGUGUCCCGGAUCCUAUUCAGCACUCGCAACAUUAAUCAGCUUCUGCUAUCAUCUCGAAUUCUAUCAACAAGAUAUUGUUCAACAACAUCCAACCUGAUUAUGACCACUGACCUGACGAACAAGCCUACCGACUCGGAUAAUUUCCGUCUUCCCCUAGACGUCAAGCCAACGCAUUAUGACGUGACUAUCAAGACUGACCUACGGAACUCAAUAUUCGAGGGUGUGGUAAAGAUCGACCUGGAUGUCAAGAAGGAAACCUCUACCAUCGUCCUCAACUCAGCCAACCUGAAGUUGAACGAUGCGUCAUUGUAUUCCAAUGAACUCAAGAUAAACCAGGUCGAUCUUUCUCCGUCUCUUGAUGACAAGGCAGAACGUUGUGUACUUUCCUUUUCGACGCCUGUACCUGCCGGAUCAAAGGCAACACUGUCAAUUGGCUUCUCUGGAGACCUGACCGGGGCCAUGAUGGGCUAUUACAAGAGCUCGUUCGAGCAUGACGGAACCAAGGAGUACUAUACACUGACCCAGUUCGAACCCAUCGCCGCGAGACGUGCCUUCCCAUGUUGGGAUGAACCACUUCUCAAGGCGACCUUCGCGGUCACUAUGAUAUCGCAUGCUGACACGGUCAAUCUGAGCAAUAUGCCCAUUACAUCCGAGGAAAUUUACGAACAACGAACGACUAAAGUAGAGGAUCCUUCAUUGGAGGCGCUCUUUUCCGCGUUGACGACUCAAGAUAGCCCCGAAGCGCAAUGGAAGAUUUCCAAGUUCCAGACUACACCACCCAUGUCCACUUAUCUGGUUGCAUUUGCCAAUGGACGCUUCGCGUACCUGGAAAGCUCUUAUAAGAGUCCUCUGAGUGGGAAGACCCGUCCCUUGCGCAUCUACUCUACUCCUGAUGUGAUUCAUCAGGCUCAGUAUGCCCUCGACAUCAAAGCAAAAGUCCUCCCGAUCUACGAGGGAAUUUUUGACAUCGAAUAUCCUCUCCCAAAGUUGGAUACUCUAGUGGCCCAUGAUUUUGACGCGGGUGCUAUGGAGAACUGGGGCCUCAUCACUGGACGUACUAGCGCCUUCCUGCUUGACCCUAAGAAGGCAGACAUGUUUGCAAAGAAAAGAGUCACUGUCACUCAGUCUCACGAAGUCGCUCACAUGUGGUUUGGUGAUAUCACAACCAUGGAAUGGUGGGACUAUCUGUACUUGAAUGAAGGUUUUGCAACCUUGAUGGGUGAAGUCAUUGUUGUUGAUCGUGUGUACCCGGAAUGGAAGGUUGACAGUUCGUUCAUAUCUGAGCAUUUGAACGAUGCACUGGAUCUUGAUGCUAAAUUGUCUUCUCAUCCGAUCGAAGUGCAUUGUCCUGACGCCAACCAGAUCAACCAGAUUUUCGACUCCCUUUCCUAUGCCAAAGCAGGCUCUGUUUUGCGUAUGCUGUCCAACUUCGUUGGCCAGGAGCGCUUCCUGAAGGGUGUUUCGAUCUACCUCAAGAAGCACCUAUAUGGAAGCACUGUCACCAAGGACCUGUGGCAGGGCAUCUCAGAGUCUACUGGGGUAGAUGUGCCGAAAAUAAUGGAUAAUUGGAUUUCAAAGAUCGGCUUCCCUAUCCUCACUGUCACUGAGAGCGAGGAUGGUAUCCAUGUCCGCCAGGAUCGUUUCCUGGAGUCUGGACCUGCAGAAGAAAAGGACAAUGAGACGAUCUGGACCGUGCCUUUGGCCCUGCUGACUGUCACUAACGAUAAAGUCAACAUCGAUAAGUCUGUCGUUCUUGACACUAGGGAGAAGACUCUCGCCAUCGACACCUCGAAGCCGUUCAAACUCAACGCGGGGACUUAUGGUGUUUUCCGCGUGUUGUACUCUGAUGAGCGGUUCACGGCGAUCGCCAAGGAAGCUGCCAAGGGUGAUGCUGUGUUCUCACUGAAUGACCGCAUUGGCCUUGUGCACGAUAUCAUGGCAUUAUCCAAGGCUGGGUUUUGUAAAGUCAGCAGUGCGCUGACUAUCGUCGAUAUUUUACAUGACGAACAGGAGUACCUUGUAUGGGACAGUGUUGCCCAGAACAUCGCUGCUCUAGUGUCAACGUGGUGGGAGCAUGAGGCCGCAGUCGGUGAUCUCAAUGCUUUCCGCAGGGCAUUGUUUGCGCCCAUCGUCAAACGCCUUGGCUAUGAAUACUCUCCUUCCGAGUCUGUGGAUAUUUCGCAACUGCGCACCCGCGCUGUCGGUCAGGCGGCUGUUGCUGGGGACACUGCUGUCGUGGAAGAGCUCAAGACCCGGUUUGCGGACUAUAUGAGAACGCAGGAUGAUUCGGGGAUACCUGGUGAUCUGUUUAGGACGACGAUCCUUACUGCUGUGAAGCAUGGAAGUCGUGAAGAGUAUGAGUUCGCCAAGGCGUUGUACGAAAACCCGACUACGUCUCCGUCGAAGAGUAUUUCCGCCGCAAUGGCGAUGUGCGCCAGCCAGGACGAAGCAUGUAUCAAGGACACGUUCACGUACAUUCUAUCAAAAGUGCGGUCUCAAGACAUCAUAUAUUUCAUCAACGGCUUCCAGACGAACUUCCGCACCAGGCGCAGCUGUGCACAGUUCUUCCAAGACAACUACACGGAGCUUGCCAAACGAUUCGAGGGGAACUUUUCUUUCCAGUAUAUUGUCUCGUCAAGUUUUGGGAAUUUGACUAAGGAGGAGGACUAUCAGAAGAUCGAAGACUUUUUCAAGGACAAGGACACAUCCCGAUAUAACCUUGCGUUAUCACAGACUCUAGAGUCGUUGCGUGCUUCGAGGGCGUGGAUUGAGCGGUCCACGAGUGAUAUUGCGGAAUGGCUCGGCGAAUGGAAGAAGGGAUCAUUGAGAAGUUCACCGCCAAGAACGCGGUAGAGGAAGAUGCGUGAGACUGCAGCGAGCGGGGAGGAUAGUUACGUAACUCGAUGGACUCUUCGUGAAAAGUUGUAUACUGCAAAGACGCCGAGCUCGCCAUCAUCAACGUUGACGAACGUUUGCUAGCUAAUAGCCUACU